CUUCACUGCUCUCAUAUUCCUUAAACUGAAAGAAAAUAAUUUGUAUGUACAAACUCUAUUUAUGUAUGUAUUAGAUAUUAUUUUGUAAAGUUUUUGUAAGAAAUUCCUGUAAGAUAGAAAGCAGAUGGAGUGGCUGUGGAGAACGCUGACGGGUGAAAGGCGGCCAGAAAGAAAGAGCAGGGAAGCCGGCCUUUCUGGCUCCAGUCUGAGGGAAGCGGUCAGGGAGCGCGUGAGGAAACGAAGGAGUGAGAGACUGUGACUGCGUACUGAACGCGGGUGCGCGCACUGACCCGCCCAGUCACUGCAGGCCCAGCGGAAGGCGGAAUGGCAGGGGGCGGGGCCGAGGCGCAGGCGGGCUCUAAGGGGUCGAAUUCCUGAAAAAAGCAAAAACCCCCGCGCCAGAGCUAGGCCGGGCAGAGCAGCGCUGCGAAGCCGAGGCCGCGCGGAUUUGUCAGAGACCCACCGCUGCCUGCUCCUUUGCUGCUGCAGUCAUCUCUCUUAUCCCUUGACUACAUUUCCUGUCGUCUUCUCAAUCACCGUUUUUGCAGCUUCAGCACCAGCGAUAACAGCUAAGUGGUCAAUUCUGGGACUCGGGUUGGGAGUCAGGGUGGGUGCGAGGCGUAAGCAGUACAAGCUAGCCCGCCAUCUGCUGCGGCAGCCGCCACUGCUGCAGACACUUCUCCUGGGCGGGAAAGGAGAACACUGUCAAAAGGUCCACGCUGUUCCAGUGCCCACGGUCAGAGUUAGAACGUUUCUGUCAAGACUUGGGGAGAGCCUUGCACUUGGGUAAAGGAGGAAAGACCCAGAGAUCAGGAAAAAAUAUCUCAUUUUGGGUAGUGUUGACUUUUUGUCAUCUUAACUGAGGAAGUGGCAGCUUUGCUUGAGCCUCCUUAAACCCUGAGCCAUGUCACCCCCAACUGUGCCCCCGAUGGGUGUAGAUGGCGUCUCUGCAUACCUGAUGAAGAAAAGGCACACCCACAGGAAGCAGCGGCGCAAGCCCACUUUCCUCACGCGUAGGAACAUCGUGGGCUGCCGCAUUCAGCACGGCUGGAAGGAAGGCAAUGAGCCCGUGGAGCAGUGGAAGGGCACUGUGCUCGAGCAGGUUUCCGUGAAGCCCACUCUCUACAUCAUCAAAUAUGAUGGCAAAGAUAGUGUGUAUGGGCUAGAGCUGCACCUAGAUAAGAGAGUUUUAGCGUUAGAAAUCCUUCCUGAAAGAGUGCCAACUCCUCACAUUGAUUCGCGCCUGGCGGAUUCCCUGAUUGGCAAAGCGGUGGGGCAUGUGUUUGAGGGUGAGCAUGGUACGAAAGAUGAAUGGAAGGGCAUGGUUCUGGCGCGAGCUCCUGUGAUGGACACUUGGUUUUACAUAACUUAUGAGAAAGAUCCUGUCCUUUAUAUGUACACGCUGCUGGAUGACUACAAAGACGGUGACCUGCGCAUCAUUCCAGAUUCCAACUACUAUUUCCCUACAGCAGAACAGGAGCCUGGAGAAGUGGUCGACAGCCUCGUGGGCAAGCAAGUGGAACACGCCAAAGAUGACGGGUCCAAGAGAACCGGCAUAUUUAUCCAUCAAGUGGUGGCCAAGCCAUCCGUCUACUUCAUUAAGUUUGAUGAUGAUAUUCACAUUUAUGUCUAUGGCUUGGUGAAAACCCCCUAAAUUCAUUGUGCUCUUUGUAAAAGUCAUGGAACUAUUAAAUGUAAAACGUCAUGUUCUUGUAAUUGUGAAUUUUUGGAACAGAAUGGUGUCAGAGGUUCAGGAAUUUAUGAUUACUUUUUACUUUUGUGCCUCCAAAUCUUACAACGACUAGUCCCACAGUUUUGUCCCAAGUGUACACUGGUACUUUUGAUAUGGCUUUGUUCUAUAAUUGAAUAUUUAAUUUGGGUGUUAAUAGAAAACUGAAAAGUAUUCAUUACCAUUGGAACAAUGAAAAACUAAAGAAAAAUCAGUGGUGUAACUCCACACCAGAUCCUUUCUCCCAUUUUAUUAUCUCCCCUUUCUUCUUUCCAGGUAACAAGUGUUAAGAACAUGAUGUAUAACCUUACACGUUUUCCCCAUCCACUUACAGUAAGUUUGUUGUAGUCUCUUCUGUAAAAAUGAAAAGCCACAUCAUUUCUCUGUAAUUGCUUUUCACAUUUGGAAUAUCCAUGAUAUCUGUUCUAAUCAGUAGCUGCAAGUCUCUCUCUCUCUCUCUCUCUCCCUCUCCCCCCUCUUGUCCUCUCCCAGUUCCCCUCUGCCCCUGGAAUUUACUUUGUAUUUGUUAUAACACAGAGGUCAAAUUAUGCAUUCUGUUCACAUCAGGUACCUGAUUAAGCCAUCACAUUUAUUAAAUAAAUCACCUUUUCCCCUCUUCUUUCUCUCCUUCCCUCUAACAGCUGCAUAUACAGUAAAUUUAUAUACCAAAAAGAUAUUCAGGCAUUCUAUCACUGAUGGUCACUUAAAUUAUUUCCUUUCCUUUUUUGACCAUAGCACUGCUGCAAUAAAUACUGAUGAUUUUAUUUCUAUUGGGUAGAUUCCCAGAAAUGGGAUUGCUAGGUAGGGAUAUAUUUAAUUUUAAGUAAUAUUACAAAAUUACUAUACAAAAUGAAAGUGCUCAUUUCCCAUUAUCCUGUCCAGUACUCUUUCAAGUUUGCAAAUCUGGAGGGUGAAACAUUAAAUAGUAAUUUUUUAAUUAACAAAUUCAAGGAGUUUUGUUUUUUUAACUGUUCGGAUUUUUCUCUUUUGUGAUUUGCCAAUAUGUAUCCUUUGCUCAUUUAUCUAUUGAAUCUUUGAUCUUUUUCUUAUACAUUUCUAGGAAUUCUUAUUAUAUUUCUCUAGGAUACAGAUUAAUCAUUUGUAGCCAAUCUGUAUUUUUUUCCAUUCUAUCACUGAUCUUGACUUUAGUGGUAGUAUCUUUUACUUUAUAGGUUCUUACAUUGUUGUUUUUAAUUUUUAGAUAGACUGCUACCUCCUUUUAAGUUUUUUGGUUUCAUAUAUUUUUCAGAUGAGUGCCCCCAACCCAAGUCAUAAAAAUAGUCACCUAUAUCUUUUUCUAAAAUUUUAAUUAAUUUUAAGGUUUUAGCUGUUUGAGCCAUCUGGAGUUUAUUUUAUAUAUGGUAUAAGAUAAAAUUUCAAAUAUACAUUUUGUUCACAUUGGAUUCAUGAUUAUGCUAUCAUAUAUAUUAAAUAAGCCACCCAUUUUUCAGUCUGUGAACCAGUAUCCUGUCGUUUAACUAUAGUGGCUUGACCAUGAAUUUUGAACUCUGGUAAAGCAAGUUACCUCUCAUUAAGUGUUUCUUUUUUUCACCAUUUCUUCUUUUAUAUAAAUUGUUCUAGAAAUUAAUUUUUAUAUGAAAAUUGAAAGCAUACUUUCCACAUUUCAAAAAUUCUGAUAUCUUAGAAUUGUGAUACAUUUCAACAUUUCUAUUUAGAACACAAUUUUAAUGAUAUUAACUCUUGCCAUUCAAGAGUUUUGGUACCUCAUUAAAAUCUUUUGGUUUUGUUUUUGUAAUGUUCUUCAUAUGGAUCCAUUACAUCUGAUUAAAUUUGUUUUUAAAUAUUUUUACAGACUUUGUCACAUUUUGAAUUGGACAUUUUUUCCUCUUUAUUUUUAACUUCUUAUUUUUGACAAUAUAGGUAAAAUACAGAAUUAAUUUAAUAAAUUCUCUUAUACUUUUUAAAAGAAUAAUUUCAAUCUUCUAGGUAUAAAAUCAUUUCAUCUGCAAAUAGUGAUAAUUUUAUUUAUUCAAAAUAAUGUUUAAUAAUGAUUAUGACAGAUAUGCUCAUUUGGUAUUAGUUUUCAUGGAAUUGUCUUUAGUGUUCCCUAUUAAUGUUUGGCUUUGGUUAUUGGCAAAUAGUCAUUAACCCUUAAAAUGUUUAAGGGAGUUUUUUUUAUUCCAUUUUUUUUUCCAUUCCUGUUUCACAUUAGGAGGCUUACUGAAAGUGGCUUCUGGAAUUUAUCAGAUGUCUUUCAGCAUCCAUUGAAAAAAUCAUAUGAUUUUGUUUUCCUUUAAUUUGUCAAUGUAAUGAAUUAGAGGACUAGGUAUUUGAUGCUAAACCAAAUUUGUGUUUCUGGAAUAAAUCCUACUUAGUCAUCUUAUAAUAAUCAAAUAAUCAUUUGAUACAUAGCUAGAUUUUAUUUACCAAUAUUUUUUAGAAUUAUUCAAUUUACA